GUAUAAGACGGAUAUCCUCUCUUUCGUCUCAUCUUGUCUCUGUUUAAUUUUUUUUAUUUCUCCUUUUUUUGCCCUUGACACUAUGGUCUUCUUCUUCUCAUAGGGUUGGUUGGCUGUUCAAACUUUACACCCGUGGGUUUCGUAUUGCUUUACCUACCUAGUUUAGUAGGUACCUAGUCAUUCAUUUCGUGCGCAUUUUUUCUCUCCUUCUACAUACUACUUACGUUUAUUCGACCAUUCCAUCCAACUACGACUUCAAGGCCCUUCAAGGUAGUCUAUUCUCUCAUUUCUAGUCGAGCUAGACCUUGUUUUCUCCUCCUCAUAGCAACAGUUGCUUGGACUACCAAAACCCCGAGCACUUGGAUCUCGGACGAUUUAUUCGCAAACACUUUCCUACGAUUUCGACCACCUUAUGUUAGCAUCUCCUUCACCAUGAAGCAAGCCCCCUCUCUCCUUCUCGUGGCUGCGGCAGCCCUGCUUCCUACCAUGGUGGAUUGCCACACUGUAUUUACGACCUUGUUUGUCAACGAAGUAUCUCAGGGAGAUGGAACUUGUGUCAGGAUGUCUAUGGAUCCACAGCAUUGUGUCGAUCCGAUCGAUGGCUUGGACAGCGAUGAUAUGGCAUGCGGGGUUAACGGGGGCAAGGCUGUCGCAUUCACCUGUCCCGCACCGACUGACGGUAAACUCACCUUUGAGUGGCGGCUGUGGGCUGAUGCAGAGCAGCCCGGGGCUCUGGAUCCCUCACACAAGGGCCCUUGUGCCGUAUACGCUAAACAGAUUAAGAACAUGACCACGGAUUCUGCGGCUGGCCCAGGCUGGGUAAAGCUUUGGGACGAGGGUUAUGACGAUGCAAGCGGUAAAUGGUGUACCGAAAAGGUAAUUGAAAACAACGGCUUAAUGUCAAUUGACAUUCCAAAAUCGCUCCCAGGUGGUGACUGGCUCUUUCGCCCCGAGCUUCUGGCACUCCACAACGCCGACAAGGGCGACCCGCAAUUUUACACCGGGUGCGCGCAGGUGUUUGUCCAAAGUGAUAAAACAGGAAAUCUUGACGUGCCUUCCGAGUACAGCGUCAGUAUCCCGGGCUACGUCCAGGCUGAUACGCCCGGGCUCACGUUCAACAUUUACGAGCCCCGGUUUCCAUACCCCAUGCCCGGGCCUAAGGUCUAUCAGCCUGCCGCCGACUCGGAGAUGAAGGCUGCGGUGGCGUCGACUUCGUCUAAGGCUGUACAACAAACUAAAGGCACGAUUCCACCAGAAUACCUCAUCAAGAACGCGAAUUGGGUUGGCGUGGAAGUAUCCAGCUACUCGACCGAGGACGGGUGCUGGAAGGCGUCUGAAGCGUGUUAUGACCAGGCGUCCGAGUGUUAUGACUCGGCUCCGCCGACGGGAGGCGCAAACUGCCGCGUCUGGGAGGAGAAAUGCGACGGUAUCACCGCCGCGUGCAGCGCCGGUGAUUUCAACGGACCUCCGAAUAAAGGAAAGAAGCUUCAGAGCGAUGAUCCGGCCCCACCAGCGGAUAUUCCGGGGGCAGCCAAUACGGAUAUAGAAGUUAGGAGACGGUGGGGGCGACGGGGUACGUCCUUGGCUGCAAGCUUAUCCUAGGUUGGGAAAGGGGCACAGGUAUGUAUCCCCGACCUGACGACCCGCGUCUGCAUAUAAAUGGAAACCUUUUAAGCUGGUCUUGGAAGCUAUUGGGACAAGAAUGCACGAAUGCACGUAAUCUGGAACUAUCAGAGCUACCUACCUUGGUACGUUAGAUACACACCAACCUAACCCAGGUAGGUAGGCAGAUAGGUAGGCAGGUAGGUAGGCAGGUAGGUAGGCAGGUAGGUAGGGACAUCUGGAGAUAGGCAACGUGUUUGGUGUAUGCAUACUGG